GAAAGCGAGACGCGGGUACAGACGCGCCUCAUCACCCCCCUCUAUUUUGCUGUCUUUAAAGCAGCCUUUCUUUCUAGUGUUUUACAGCUAAUCUAUACAAAUGCUUCACAGAGUCGACAUCUUUGGCAGAUGCCUUCAUCAGCUCAACAAAGAAUCAGUUUUUCCCCUUCAUCGCACAAUCGCCCAUAAAUCCAAGGUAAUUUCUAACUUCUCCAUCAUUUUCGUCUUGCUUUCGAGUAUUGGAAGUUAUUUUUAUUAAACUCGUGUCAAGCUGAAUUAUAUGAAAUUUCCUAUUUUCACAUCUUCCUUUCUGUCUUCGGUAUACAUGCGCGGUGGGAAUGGCAGUCGACUUAUCUGCCGACGGCCGAAAUUGCCGCCGUCCGGCGAUCCACAGCGCUUCUUAUUUUUCCGGCUCCUUACAGUAGGGUAGUGAGAGUGUUAUAUAUACGCGCUGAGGAUUUUCUCGGUGCUCGUCUCUGACUUCCAUUGACAGGGGAGAUAGAAUAGAGGGCUUUUUCAACGCUUUUUGGAGAACAAAAGAAAGGCAAUCAUGAACAAGUCAAUUUCCUUUUCAAACAGCUAAUUGCUACCGCCGAGUGGCACCGACGAAGUGAAUUUGGCAGUGAAGCCGCUAAGAUACUUUCAAUUGUUGACUUUUCUUUGAAUUUAUUUCAUUUACAUACUCGGUAUUUGUCAAUAGAUAAUGAAACAGUAAGGGAGAGAAAUAGAUCAUUAGAUCUUAUUCCCUUUUUACGUACAGUAAUUAGUAAUGGCCGCAUAAAUUAAUUAGUACCUAAUCAUUCAUUCAUUCUGUCUCCGUGCUACAGCUGUUACGAUUAAGUGCUAUCAGUACUUUUAUUUUUUUGAUUAUUAUUAUUAUUGUUAUUGUUGUUAUUAUUAUUAUCAGGGGCGGAGCUAGGGCACUGGGCCGGUACAAAGAAUAUUUUUGAAAAUUUUUUUUCACAAAAUUUUUUAGACCAAAAAUACAAGCAUUUUUAAAAUUUGGGCUGGGCCAGGUAUGGCCCUCCCCUAGCUCCGCCCAUGAUUAUUAUUAUCAUUAGUAUUAUUAUGUGUUCAAUUGAGGGGUAGACUUGAUCACUUGACAUGUGAAUAUUGAUAUAUAAUAAAGUCCUCAAGGCCAAACCACACGAUGAAGUUUAAGCGUGAAAGAAAUCACGUUUUAAACUCUUACUAAUAAUUAUUUUUAUAUGGAUAUAUAUUUAUAAAACAUUAAAAAAAUAUGGCCAAAUUGACAUCAAUAAUCCAUACUUAUACACAUUUUAGAAAAAUAAUCCAUACUUGAAAAGUUCACAACAAUAAUCCCUACUACUUAACUGUUUCAAAAAAAUAAUCCGAAUGUUAAGCGUGUUAACUUUUCCGCUGGUUUUUUAUUUUUUUUGAAUAUAUUAAAGCAAAAGUGUGUAUAAAAAUUAAUAAUAUUAUAUUUGAGUUUAAUCUUUUUCUAUGAUUAAUUUAAGUUAAUAUUUUUCAUAAAAUAUAAUAGAAAUAUCCGUAUUCAAUAUUCUACAUAAUUUGUAUUACUACGUAAUAUUUAACGUAGUAUUAAUAAAAUUACUUUGAAAUCUCUAUUAUAAUGAAUAACAAAAAUGAAUAUAAAUAAAAUAUGGAUAAGGAAUAAAAGAGUAGAGAAUUUGAAAUGUAUGUACUAUUUAGUGUUCAAAUAUUUUUAUUAUGUUUCAUGAAAAAUAUUGAAUAUAAAAUUAUAUUUUUAGUAGAAACAAGAAUAAACUCAAAUAUAAUAUUGCUAAUGUUUAUAUAUACUUUCACUUCAAUAUAUUAAAAAAAUUAACGGAAAACCUAACACAAUUAGCACUCGGUUUACUUUUGUAAAAUAGUUAACUAGUUGGGAUUAUUGGUUUGAACUUUUCAAGUAGCGAUUAUUUUUGUAAAAUGUGUAAAAGUAGGGAUUAUUGGUGUCAAUUUCACCAAAAAAUAUAAAUGAAAAUUUCAAUUUCUUCAAUGACUAUACAAUUUUUAAAUUGAAAGGUUACAAAUAAAAAAUAGUACUCUCAUGUAUUGUUACUUUUUAUUGUAAGAUUACAUAAGUAACUUAUUUAGGAGAAGUGAUUUUCUAGAAUAUAAUAUAUCUAUUUUUUUUCUUUUGCAACACAUUAUCUAUCUAAAUAACUCUAAUCUUUUCACGCAUACGGGUAAAAUGUACAUGUUAACUCAACUUUUCACGCAUAGGCUCCGCCUUUUGUAGCUACACUUUUUCACAACUUUUAUAGUUAACUCUUGAGAGUCGACCACCUUUUCCACACCUAUUUACUAUAUGGUCAUUUUCCUGCCGCCUUACGACGCCUUGUAGAACAUUGGUUAAAAACUAUACUCUCUACAUUUGAAAGAAGACCAUGUUUGUUAAUUAAUUUUGGAAGUCUAGUUCAAUGUUAUGGUAAGGUUGAUAAUGUAACGAUCAUCGGUUUCCAUACUUCCAUCUGGUUCUAGAUCAGUACGUUAGCCUAUUUUUAAAACAAAAGGUCUGGUCUCAUCCGUCUUACUUUCGAGGAAUCAGAACAGUUAACAUGGCUCGGUCUUUUGGUUUGGUCUCCAGGACCAUGUCCACCCCCUAAACGGAGGUGGAGCUUACAAGCUCUAACAAUGUCAGGUUUCUAAAAAGUGCUAUUUCCUAUAAAGGUAGUGGAGCCAAGCGCCAAGGCGGGGUUUGGGGAAGAGGGUCAAGAUGAAAUCAAUUAUGGAGUAUAAAAGAAUAUAACGGACGGUCAAGGGGGUUUGGAAUGUCUAGAUGGACUGUUUAGGGAAGUUUAGAAUAGAGAACAAUGUGUAUUUUUAUUUGAUGAUUUUGUUGUGUACAGGAAUAACAUAAACUGAUGAACACUGUAAUGGAAGACAAGAGGCUAAACCUAAACCAGCCUUUUCUCUCUGUAAGACGAACCGAUAGGCCAACUGACACCUCCACUCCCCCUCGCCCUCCCCCUCCAUAUAAAUCGAAACUAAACUCGGGACCUUUGAGGGAUCCAGGAGUUGUGCCCUUCUGCUGGGAGCACAGCCCUGGAAGACCAAAGCACGAAACUCAUCAUACAUCUGCUGCCUCUGCUGAUAAGGCGUCUCCUCCCAUUAUUCCAAAACUCCCCCCAGGCAGAACUUCAAAAGCAGACCAGCAACAACGCCUUAAUAGUAAAGGUUCUGAAAUGGAAAACAUUUCCCAACACGAGUCAUUGAGAAAAAAGAUGGUCAAACCAAUUAGUUUUAGCAGUUCAAAUGGUAGCAUUGAAGAUGAAGAAGAAAAAGAAGAAGAGAGAGUGGAAUCAUCAUCUGAUGAAGAUGAAACUUACGUAGAUGCCCUUGACACGAUUUCGAGCAAACCUGAAUCAGCUUUACUGAAUCAUAGUAGUGCUAGUGGCUUUAGUGGAUUGAAUGAACCAAAUGGGACCUUCACGGCAGAUCUUCAAACUCGAGAUUUCAUGAUUGAUCGGUUUCUGCCUGCAGCAAUUUCAAUGGCUACAGAAAUGCCUUCGCAUGCUCCCAGGAAGCAAUCCAUCGUUCUGGAACAACCAAGAAAUCAUCCCGUCAACACAGUAAAUGCAGACAAGCAACGACCUCAACUGCGUUAUGGGCCCAGUUUUGCACGCCACUAUUACCAAUCUCAUGAUUACGCAGAAGUAAUAAAUGACAAUGAUGAUGAGGAUGGUGAUGAUAAUGAUGGAUCUUUUCCUCCUAAAGUGUGUGGUUUAAUACCCCGUUUUUGUUUGAAAGGUUCAUUUUUUCUAAUGAAUCCGCUACCUGGUAUGAGUGCAAGGACUCAAGUCCCUAUGUCUCCUAGCAGCAGUAGAAUGCAGAUUGAAUCCUCAUCUGCUGGAUCUUGUAGCGGAACAGAGAAUGAGCGAUCAGCAUCUGAUGUUAGUGAGCGCCAGCCAGUUAUUGGACUUCUAACAGCAGAAUCCCAUGAAGAUAAUAAUAAAUCAGAUGAUGAAUUCAAAAAGAGAACUACCCAAAACAUUAAUGAUAAAAAUCUAGGUGGACGUCAUUUCAUUGGGUUGGAUAAACGAAAAUGCAAAAAAUCUGUGGAGUCCUUGACGGAUAAGAGUAAUAGUGUUGCACCAGAAGAUUCCGACAGUUGUGCAAUUGUAGAGAAAACUCUUUAUGUAGUAGAUACUCUGCAAGAGACAAGGGGACCACAGUUUAUUAAAGAGGACCAUGAAGUUAUGAAGCCGAAGGGAAAACAGAAUAAAAUGGAAGCUUUUCCUUUCAUAGAAGAAGCUAGCACAGAUGAAGUAACUAAUAUAAAGCACAUUGUCCACGAAACUGCUGAUCUCAAACCGCUACUUUCAGCUGAUAAAUUGAACUCGGAAUCUAGAAGAAGACCAAGUAAGGCUUAUGGAAAAGACCAAUUCUUCACAAACACAUCAGUGAUGCCUAACAGUAGAGCGGAUGAAAGUUACAUUGAGGGAACAGAGAGAUUGAAGAAGUCAGUAGAGUUCCCAGUACCCCCACCUUUACCCAUGUCUCCAUCAGAGUCAUGGCUUUGUCGCACUUUGCCUUCACUCUCCACAAAGCGUUCAUCACUACAGCGGACCUAUCUUAUCGGAAAUGGGAAUCCUCGGAAUGUGGCACCCAAGGUCACUUCAGGGGAUUCAAAAUGGGAAACAAUGGUUAAAACAACAAAGGGGCACCACCAGCAUUUGCGAUACUCUCUGGAGCUAAUGGCAUUGCCACCUAUUCCCGAAACUCAGCAGUAGUGUGAUGUGUACUUGCUAUUGCUUGUACUCGAGUCACCAUUCCAAUGGAUUCCAAGGUGAACAGAAGUCAAUAAACUACAGUUUUUGGUGCUGCAAUAUAAUACAGUUUUUCUUCAUACCAUUCCAGUGGGAGCCAUAAUUGUAUAUCUUUUUACACCCGUUUCCUGCCAUGUAAUUAUGUACGGCUUCAUUUCCCCUCUUCACAUGCCAUCGUGUUGGCUACUUUAAUGCUGAUGUCCGAAGGACUGGUUGGUUUGUAAAGAGACUAAAACAUACUUCAAUAAUAAAUAAAUGCUUGCUUACAAUCACCAUGAAAAGUUGAAAACAAUCUCUCAUUCUAGGGUGAAAUGUAUAAAUGGUACCUUAACUAUUGAUAUUGUUGCGUUCUGGUACCUCAACUCUUUAAUGAAUAAAAUCAGUACUAUAACUAUACAUAAACGUUUCAACUUGCGGCCGGAAUUCCGUGUUUAAAAUCCACUUCACCUUUCUUUUGUCCAUGUCAUCAUUGUAGGGUGACUACACAUGGAAUUUUGAUCACCAUGUAGGAUUAUUUGGCCACAAAUUUGAAUAAAAUUGCAAGUUGAAACAUUUAGGUAUAGUUAUGGUACUGGUUUGAUUCAUUUAAGAGUUAAGAUACUAAAACUCAACAAUACCAACCGUUGAGGUACAAUUCAUGCAUUUCACACCUCAUUCUGUGUGCGGCUAACUUGGCGGCUAACCAUGGGCUGAUCGACUACCAAAUGGCCGGAGCAGGAUCCGAAGCGGUGUCUAUUUCAUCAUAUCAGUUUCAUUUCAGAGCAGUAGAAGGCCCAUUGGUCACGCUUCUCUACGCUUCCUUUCAAUAUGCAAAAUGGAAACCUUCAUUGCUUUGUCGGAAAGUUUGUCCUUGGCAUACGCCUUCUUGCGCUUAGAAUGACUGAUCUGAGUAUGCCUUUGGAUUGUGUUUAGUGUUGUUCCAUAUUUUGGCUAUGUUUAGAGGGGUCAAGUGUGAUAUAUUUCGUCUUGGGCUGAAUGAGGAUGACUUUGGAGAGAGCAAAGUGGAGGGUGUAGUGUUCAUGUGUCUGUUUUUAUCUCUUAUCAUCUUCUUCUUUUGUAUCUUCUUUUUCUUAGUUAUGUUAUUUUAAUCUUUUUAUAUUUUUUUUAUUAUAUGUGUGUGUAUUUCUUUUAUCAUUUUUAUCUUAUCACUUUUAUGUUAUACUUUUUAUUACCAUACAUUGGCUAUGUUUGGCA